AUGGAGGUGUUAGAGGGUGACCAUCUCGUCUUUCAAUUCAUGCCAGUUGUCUUUCAACCUUCUGUCCUGCACCAUCUCAUCAUCUUCCUGUGGGCUUCUGUGAGCUCCACGCUCUUAUCGAAGGCAGGGAAGAAAAACCUCUCGGCACCGGCACCGCCAGACCAGCGGGUCCGAGCCGCUCCCCGCUCCCACCGCGGCUCUGCUGCAUUUCCCGCGGCUCUGGGGAAGCGCCCGGCUCCGGACCCGCUGCCGUGCCAGGGCACGGUCCGGCGCACACGGGCUGGGCUGGGCUGGGCUGGGGCAGGCUCUCACCCCCGACCUCCUUGCGGACAUCGCGGGACGGCCCGGAGGAGAACGAGGAAAGGCGGCGGGAUUCAGCCGCCCGGGGACAGCCCGGCCCUGCCCUCGCCUCGCUCCGGCUCUACCCGGCCCCGGCCCCGUCGGGCCGCCCCGCGGGGCGGGGAGCGGGCGGGGGCCGCGCAGGGCCCGAGGAGGCCCCGGACCCCGCUCCGAGAGGGUGCGGUGGGGGCCUGCGGGGCGAUGUGGGGCCGCGGGCUGCUGCCGCUGCUGCUGCUGGGCGCUGCGGGGCCGCUGCUGCGGCCGGCGGGGUCGGCGGAGCCGGCGGAUCCCGUCAGCGCCGAGCGGAGCCUGGCCUGGGGCCCCGGGCUGGACGCGGGGCUCACCGUGCCCGUGAGGCACUUCUACAUCCAGGCGGUCAGCGAGGCCGGACGCAACUUCUCCCGCUCGCCGCCAGGGAAAACACAAUUUAAAGUGGUAAUUAAAGCACUUUCUCCAAAAGAAGUCACCAGAGUUUACACCCCUCGGCCUCUGGAUAGAAAUGAUGGUACAUUCCUUAUGCGGUAUCGGAUGUAUGGAAGUGUCACAAAAGGCUUAAAAAUUGAGAUACUUUAUGGUGAUCAGCAUGUGGCUCAAUCACCUUAUAUUUUGAAAGGACCAGUUUAUCAUGAAUACUGUGACUGUCCUGAAGAAGACACUGAGGUCUGGCAGGACAUGAUGUCCUGUCCAUCCCAAGAACCUCAGAUUACCAAAGACUUCAUUUCGUUUCCCACCAUUGACCUGCAGCGAAUGCUUAAGGAAAUCCCAGCAAAGUUCAGCCAAACGAGAGGUGCUAUUGUUCAUUACACUAUUCUGGAUAAUCACAUCUACCGGCGCUCCUUAGGGAAGUACACAGACUUCAAAAUGUUCUCCGAUGAAAUGCUCCUGUCACUGGCCAGGAAGGUUCGUCUUCCUGAUGUGGAGUUUUAUCUCAAUGUUGGAGACUGGCCAGUUGAGCAUCGGAAAGCUAAUGAUACGCCUGGUCCUGUACCUGUCAUCUCCUGGUGUGGCUCUGUGGAUUCCAGAGAUAUCAUCCUGCCAACGUAUGAUGUAACCCACUCAACUCUGGAAACCCUACGUGGAGUCACCAAUGAUCUCCUUUCCAUUCAAGGAAAUACAGGCCCCUUCUGGGAAAACAAAACUGAGAGGGCUUUAUUCAGAGGUCGAGACAGCCGAGAAGAACGUCUCCAUCUUGUCAAGUUAUCCAAGGAAAAUCCAGAGCUACUAGAUGCUGGAAUAACUGGAUAUUUCUUCUUCAGAGAAAAAGAAAAAGAGCUGGGGAAGGCUCAGCUGAUGGGCUUCUUUGACUUCUUUAAGUACAAAUACCAAGUGAAUGUAGAUGGCACCGUAGCAGCUUACAGGUUUCCGUACCUAUUGCUGGGUGACAGCCUGGUAUUGAAGCAAGAUUCCCAGUACUAUGAACACUUUUAUAUUGGAUUAAAACCUUGGAAACAUUAUGUUCCAGUUAAGAGAAACUUAGAGGACUUGCUAGAGAAAAUAAAAUGGGCUAAGGAAAAUGAUGAGGAAGCAAGAAAAAUUGCUAAAGAAGGUCAACUAAUGGCAAGAGAAUUACUUCAGCCUCACAAGUUUUACUGCUACUAUUAUAAGGUGCUGCAGAAAUAUGCCGAACGCCAAGCCAGCAAACCUGAAAUACGGGAUGGAAUGGAACUUGUACCUCAGCCUGAUGACAGGGAUUCAGUGUGCAGUUGCCACAGGAAAAAGCCUUUAAGGGAAGAUCUAUAACUGUACUGGAUGGAGAAAAUGACCCACUUAAAAUGCAAGAAUAGGAAUUAAGCUGUGAAAUCCAAGACUCUUAUGCCGUAGCAGACGUUCUUAGUUGUGUAUUAUUCUUGUAUUUUCAUACCCUUUUUCACACUCGUUCUGAUCUACAAUGUUGGUUCUCACAAUUUUGGCUCCAUGACCACCACCAGACAGACACUGAGCCUGCAGUGGGGAAUGUCUGGGGGAUUUGUUUGAUGCACUGCACCGGCAGGAAGAAGAGCACAGAGCUGCUCAUGUUCCAGAUGGGAUCUAUUUACCCAAGUUUUAUGAGGAACUAGUCACCACAAAAGAUCUUGCCAUGAGUCAGUGCAAGUUAUUCUAAAGGAGCAUUUGUGAUACAUUGAAACAGUGUUAUGAAUUCUUCAUAAAGUUUACCUCAGUAUUAGAUUGUUUCUUGUAUGCAAAACAAUUUUCAAAGUAGACAAAAAUUAAUAUUUGAGAUUUAUAGAUAUCA